AUGACAGGAGAAAUCACGAACGAAAGCUUAGGAGAGAUGGAUACGAGUGCUGAAUAUGCAUCUCAGAACAUGAAAAUCGAUGAAAUGAGUGAUGAGGCUGGCGAAAGUGCUAGGACUGCUGAAAGCGAUAUCGGAAGUAAUCAUAGGAGCGCCGACUGCAAAGAAGUAGUUCGGAAAAUGGUUGACAACUUCCAAAAAAUGGGAUGCCACAUGAGUUUGAAGUUGCACUUUUUUGAUUCCCAUAUUGAUUACUUCCCUGCCAAUGUUGGUGCCUACAGCGAAGGGGAAGGUGAAAGAUUUCACCAAGACCUCAAAGUAAUAGAAGAUGGUUACCAGGGAAGCUGGGAUGUCAAAAUUGUUAGUUGCUAUUACCGAAGCUGGGCCGAAGAACGUGCACUAGAAGAAAGGUUCUACAUAGAAGACAUCGAUGUGGAUAUUUGCACUCACAUAAUGUACAGUUUCGUUGGACUUGGUGCAGACGCUUCUAUUCGACUUUUCGAUCCAACGCUAGAUACGGAAAAUAAUGGAUUUAAAAGGUUCACUGCUCUUCGAAAAAAGAACCCAAAUUUGAAAACAUUAGUCUCUAUGGGGGGAUGGGGCGAGGUAUCUGAUAAUUAUACUAAAGUAGUGACUGAUCGGAUUCUGCGAGAAAAACUUGUGAAUAAUAUUGUCGAAUUCGUGACAAAUUAUGAAUUUUCUGGACUUGAUCUUGAUUGGGAAUAUCCAGCUCAACGUGGUGGAAUUCCUUCUGAUAAAGAGAAUUUCGUUUUACUCUUGAAAGCACUCAGAGAAAAAUUCGAUCGUACAGGUCUCAUUUUAUCCAUAGCAGCUGGCGUUGGUGAAAAGAUUGCUAAAAUAUCAUACGAUAUUAAGGGAAUAUCCAAGUAUGUGAACUUCAUAAAUUUGAUGACUUACGAUUUUCACGGAACCCUUGAUGUUAAUAAGACAGUUGGUCAUAAUACUCCAAUGUAUCCUUCAUCAAAGGAAAAUGCAGAGGAGAGUAAAGUAAACAUUGAUACUGUUGUGAAAUACUGGAUUUCCGAAGGUGCUCCACCAGAGAAGUUAAUACUAGGGACUGCUUUUUAUGGAAAAACGUUUACUUUAGUUAAUCCAAAAGAAAUUAAAAGAGGCGCACCAGUUUCGGGUCCAGGAAAACUUGAGGAUCCAGCAUAUUACAAAGUUUGCCAGUUAAUAAUAAAUCCAAAAUGGCAGUAUUUGUACGACGAAGAACAGAAAGUGCCAUAUAUAUACAACGGGAACCAAAUUAUAGCCUAUGAUAAUGUUGAAUCGAUUAAGAAGAAGGCUGAAUAUGCUAUUACCAUGAAUCUUGGAGGUGUCGUGAUAUGGAGUGUAGACCAAGAUGACUUUCAGGGAAUAUGUGGAGAAAAGUUCCCACUUCUAAAGACUUUGGACCGUGUCUUUAAUGCCAUAUGUUAA